AUGGAGAAAGAGGUUGUAGAAAACCUUUGGAACGGUAAUAGAGAAAUGCAAAUUCAAGCCGCUAUGGAACUCAGGAAAUUAAGCAGAAAACAGAAGCACUAUUUGGCUGAAAGUGGAAUUAUGGUACCUUUAGUUUCUAUGCUUCAUUCUCAAGACUACGAAGCCAUUGAAGCUGCUCUGCAUGCUCUACUUAGCCUUGCCUUUGGCAGUGAACGAAACAAGACUCGGAUCAUCAAGUCUGGAGCAUUGCCAGUGUUGCUAAGUCUCCUCUAUUGCCAGAGCCAAACAGUGGCAGAAUUGUCAAUAGCUUCCAUGCUAACAAUCUCUUCUUGCAAUGCUAAUAAGAUAGCAAUUGCUUCAUCUGGGGCAUUCCCACUCUUAGCUCAAUUUCUCAAUAGCACUAGCAGCACACAGUCCCAGCUUGACACUGUAGCUACUCUCCACAACCUCUCAACCUGCCAAGAGAUUACACCAUUGAUUGUAUCUUCAGGUGUUAUCCUUUCCUUGCUUGAACUGAUCCAAAGAACAGGAAAAUCAUCUCAAUUGGUUGAGAAAGCAAUUGGGUUGCUAGAACAUAUUGUCUCUUCAUCAGAGAGUGCAUUAUGUGAAGCUGCUAGUAUUGUGGGAACAAUUCCCACACUGGUGGAGACUAUUGAAGAUGGAUCUUCUCAAAGCAAAGAGCAUGCAGUGGGAACACUCCUCCUUAUUUGCCAAAGUUGCAGAGAAAAAUACAGAGGAUUGAUCUUGAGAGAGGGAGUGAUGCCAGGGCUACUUCAGUUAAGCGUGGAUGGAACACGCAGAGCCAAAAAUUUAGCUAAGGAAUUGUUGCUACUUUUGAGGGAUUGUUCAAGUUAUAGUAGUUCAAGAAGUCAACAAAUUAGCCAUGAGCAUAUAGAACGGAUCAUGGAUGAAAUUUAUGCAGAAAGAGAGGAACUGGCUGAGACUACGUUGAAGUUGGUAGAGGACAUGGUUGCAAAACUUAAUACAUGA